CGUCCUCACCUGUAAGGACCCCUUUAUAUGAGAAAGGAGUCCGGUUUUCUUUUUUAUACUCAAAUAAAUCUGGAUGAAUAAGUAUUAGUAGUUAUUCUGUUAUAUUUUGACAAUUGGUGUAUUAGAAGUUUAAAUAUUUGCUUGAGCUCAAAAGUUAUAUUACCAAGUUUCGUUUUUCCGUUAUGCCCAGAUGCCACCAACACUGUCCCUGACAUCGCUCCACAAUAUUCCACAGGGACAAGAAGGUCCAAAUUGUUGUCAAACUUUCAUAAUGGAAGAAAUGGACGAUUUAAGAAAACCAGCUUUCUGGAAAGCUGUAAUAGGUGAAUUUCUUGGCUGUCUGUUUUUGAUAUUUUUUACCGUUGGUGCAGGACUACACGAAGAAGGAACACGGGGACAUGGCACAGUGCAUAUAGCGCUUUCUUCUGGGUUUUUUAUCGCCGUUAUUGUGACCGUGUUGUUGACUAUUAGUGGUGGUCAUAUAAAUCCAGCUGUUAGUAUUGGAUUUGCGGUCAACAGAGAGAUCAGCUUUGUCCGAUUUAUAUUUUAUUGUAUUGCUCAAACCGGUGGUUCUGUAGCAGGGGCUGCCUUAUUAAAAGCCAUUACACCCGAAUCCAAGGUUGGUAAUCUGGGCAUUUUAUUGCCGGAGCCGAACGUCACUACAGAACAAGCCCUUUAUUCAGAAAUCGUCAUCACCUUCUUCUUACUAUUUAGUGUAUUUGCUAUGAUAGAUAAAGACAGAAAAGACGUACAAGGUUCCGUGCCUUUCAUCAUUGGACUGGUUGUGGCUGUCAAUAUAUUUUACGGGAUAAAUAUAUCAGGCGGUGCAAUGAAUCCUGUCAGGGCAUUUGGACCAGCGGUAGUCAUGGGCCGUUUAGAACAUCAAUGGAUUUAUUGGGCUGGGCCUUUGGUAGGUGGAGUUCUUGGUGCCUUUCUUUAUGACAAAUUCUUCUCCGUGGCUGCCACCCACACUGCUGUAAAAAGCUGCUGUCUGGGUUCCGGUUCCUAUAAAUCAGUCAGUACUAUCGAGGAUCCGGUGAGAAAGGAGCCAACAAAUUUUACCGUAAACGAAAAGGUUCCCUUAACGGGUUCCACCGAUGGAAUAUCAUCGGUUUAAGGAACAUUUUAAAAAUGUAAAAUAAGUAACUGCUAACAAAUGUACCCGUUUGUGUAAAUGGAUUUAUCGUUUGCAAAAUGUGUACAUGUACUUACUAAAGUAUCCAGCUUUCGGUAUUGCCGGAAGUCUUAUGCCAGAUAAUUAAGUAAAUGUGAGGCUGAAUGUUUUAUGUUUCUAAUCAAAGCAUUUAUUUUUAAUAUAGCCACAAGCAUUGUUUGUUAUAAUGUUUCAUUUGAACAAUUGAAAGGUUUUAGUCUUUAGUUAUCUCGAUGACUAUACUAUUGAUUCUUGACUGAGAAUUGUUGCGAUGGUCUAGAAAUGGCCAUUGUUAAGUUAGCAUUGAACAAUUUAAACAUAAUCAAGUAAUUUAUUGUAUGAAUAAAGAUGCAAUAUUCCAGAAUAAACCAUGGCAGAUAUAGACUCUCAGACCAUAAAUUAAUGAAAAAUAUAAUCUUAACAAAAAGUAUAUUAUAUGUCCAACAUGAUUAAAAACGACCACUUCUUACAUAGUUAUAGCCAUCUUAAUUUCAAAUUACUUUGUAUUGAUUUAAAAUACGCCAUCUUUAUUCUAUCGGUUGAUUCUCAAUUUGAUUUCAUGUUAUUUAAAAAUAAAAAUAAUCCGGAAUUUUUAAUUGGUAACCUCAACAUUAUAACAUUAAACAAACAGAACCAUGAUGAUAAUGUUUUGAAUUGAAUCUACAGCCUACGGGAAAAGUGACCAUGUUUAGAAAACCCAGACAAAAAUAAUAGUCAAGGGAAGUAACUCCAAUUAGCAAAAUCCCCCCCCCCACCCUUUUUACCGCAUUGCAUUUAAUGUUUAAAUCCAUCACACUUCUUCACCUAUAACAUUUUUUUUUUUUUAAAACACGCUUAAUAUUUAUAAGCACAAAGACCCCAACAUGCCACAAUCAUCUGAUAAAAUAUUAUUGGGGGUCUACCAUAUCGAUUUUUUUCUACGCUUCGUGGUUAACGGAAUCUAUAGGCCGUGACGUCAUUUUAAUAGGUGAUUUCCCAUAAAAAAUUUCCUGAUCCUGCCGCCUCAAAAUCAAGAUAAUUCACCAAAAUCACCCAUCACAGCGUAUAUAUUCCCCCAACCAGGCGAAAAAAACCCAAACAAAUCGAAAUAGUCCACUUGGUCAAUAUUUUUAUAAAAUUAUUAUAUAACAUGUUGGGCCCUUUGAAGUUGUAAAGAUUAAGAUCAUUGAAAUGUUUUUAAAAUGCUCUAGCCCAAGAAAUGUCAUGGAUUUAACACUGAAGCUAAUGGGUGGGUAAAAUUAUUAGUCUUUGUUCAACUAUUAUUUUCGAUUGUUUUUAUUUGCUGCAAUAUGAUUGUAAAAUUUCGGUGUUAUCAAAUAGCUUUUCAAACCAUAAAAAAAGGAUACACGACAACAAAAUUACUGAAAAUGUCGUGCGACUAAUCGGUAUGUUUGAUUGUAAAAUAUAACUCCGAAAAUAUAUUUUUUGUUAUCAUAUUAACCGGAAUAUAAAAUCAAUUACAAGCUUUAUAA